AUGACAAACGAGCCUAUUAAAGAGAUCCUGCGCGCUCCAAAGCAUCCUGAUUCUGCAACCACGGAGAAGAGUAACAACAAUGACUGUGUGAUAACCACCAUCCCUCUGGUCAGUGAAUGCCAGCUGACCGCCGCAACCGGGGGGGCAGAACUCUCCUGUUACCGCUGCACCAUUCCCUUCGGUGUGGUGAUCCUCAUAGCCGGCAUCGUGGUUACUGCCGUGGCGUACAGCUUCAAUUCCCAUGGGUCAAUCAUCUCCGUGUUUGGAUUAGUACUCUUGUCAUCAGGACUCCUUUUGCUGGCUUCUAGUGCGGUGUGCUGGAAAAUUAGGCAGCAAAAAAAGAAAGCAAAGAGGAGGGAGAGCCAGACAGCACUUGUGGCAAAUCACCGAACCUUGUUUGGUUAA